AUGGUCUGGCUAAUUCGUAGUUUUCUCUCAAUAUGGAUUCAUCUUGGUGUUCGUUUAAUAUAUGGCAAUCAAAAAUUUCGUUUACCACCUAUUACAAAUCAAAUAUUACUUCUACCAGCAAUUGUAAUUGCGAAACGUAUUCGACAAAGACAAUUAACUUCUUAUGAAGUUGUACGAGUUCAUAUUGAACGAAUUCGUGCUAUUCAACCAUAUCUAAAUGUUUAUGUUGAUGAACGAUUUUCUGAAGCAUUACAUGAAGCUCAAGAAAUUGAUCGUACUUUAAAUGAUGUUUCAAUAGGACACAGAUCAUUACCAAAUGAAUGGACUGAAGAACAAGCACCAUUUUUAGGUGUUCCAUUUGCUAUAAAAGAAUCAAUGGAAUAUCCAGGUUUUCAUAAUUCAACAGGAGUUUCUGCAAGAAAAGAUUAUAUUUCAACUUAUACAGCAACAUCAGUAGCAAAUAUGAUCAAAUCAGGUGCUAUACUUUUAUGCAAUACUAAUGUUAGUGAAGGAUGUAUGUGGUUUGAAGCACGAAAUUCUCUAUAUGGUACAACAAAUAAUCCAUAUGAUUUAUCGCGAAUUGUUGGUGGUAGUUCAGGUGGAGCUGGUUGUAUUGUUUCAGCAGCUGGUGUUCCAUUUGCUAUUGGAGCAGAUAUUGGUGGAAGUAUUCGAUUACCAUCAUUUAUGAAUGGAAUAUUUGGUCAUAAAACAACACCUAAUAUUGUGCCUAACGAUGGUCAAUAUCCACCACACAAAGAAUUUCAUCAGAAAUAUUUACUAUCAACAGGACCAAUGUGUCGUUAUUCAACUGAUUUACAACCAAUGCUUAAAGUAUUGGCAGGUUCAACAAAUAUCGAACGAUUAUUAAAUAUUGAUGUUCCAGUUGAUUUAAGUAAACUACGUUAUUUUUAUAUCGAUGAAAUCGAUGCAUAUUUUAUUAAUAAAGUUGAUCGAGAUCAAAAACUUGCUCAUCGUCGUGUUGUUGAACAUUUUGAAAAUAAAUAUAAAAUUCAUGUAACACAUCUACGUUUAAAUCGUCUUCGUCAUGCUAUUUCAAUUUGGUCAUCAAUGAUGGUUGAUGGAGAAUUAUCUUCACGUGAUUUUUCUUUAACACUUUGUAAUCGUACAUCAUAUCUAAAUAGUUAUCAAGAAUUAUUACGAAAAUUUUUAUUUCGUUCAACACAUACAUUACCAGCUAUUGGUCUUGCUAUAUUAGAAGCAGUACCAAAUAAACAUAAUAAACGUUUUCAUGCAUUAGCACAUAAAUUUCAUGAUGAAAUUCAAAGUUUAUUAGGUGAUAAUGGAGUUUUAUUUCUUCCAACAUUUCCUACACCAGUUCCUGUACAUGGUUGGCCUGUUAUAAUGAAUACAUUUGAUUAUAUUUAUUGUGGAAUUAUAAAUGCAAUAAGUUUACCAUCAACACAAUGUCCAUUAGGUUUAGAUAGUCAACAAUUACCAUUGGGUAUUCAAUGUAUUGCUGGUCAUAGUCGUGAUCAAUUGACAUUAGCUGUUGCACAAGAAAUUGAACAAGCAUUGGGUGGUUGGGUACCACCAAGCCGCAUUUCUUUAAUUUAA